CAAUGUCAGACAUUUGAAUAAGCCGCCAGCUGCCACAUUUCUCAGCUGAUUUGUUUGCUGUAAAAUUUUAUUGUUUUUCAAUAAUUAUUAACAAAAACAUAUGAUCAAAAUAUGUUCAUUAAAAAAGUAUACACGCUAGUGUUCAUACGCAAUGAUGCGCAAAUUCUAUUGGGCUUGAAGAAACGCGGAUUUGGUAUUAACAAGUGGAAUGGUUUCGGCGGCAAAGUGGAGCCAAAUGAGAAGAUAAUUGAUGCUGCAGCCAGAGAACUAAAAGAGGAGUGUUGUCUGAAUGUAAAAACAAGCAAUCUGAAGAAUAUAGGCCACCUGGAGUUUACUUUUGAAGGCGAUUCGACGAUGAUGGACGUGAGAGUUUUCGCCACCAAUUCCUUUGAAGGAGUCCCAUCAGAGACGGAAGAAAUGUUACCCAAAUGGUUUGAAUUAGACCAGAUUCCUUACGAUGACAUGUGGCUCGACGAUCGUCUCUGGUUCCCGUUUAUGCUAAAAGGGAAAUUGUUCUAUGGGAGAUUCCAUUACCAAGGUUUUGACAAAAUAUUGAACUACACUAUUGAAGAGCUGGAAUCCAUGGAAAGUUUUUAUGCUAAGAAGAAAUAAUCAGAUGGAACUUUAAUCUUAACAUUUGACUUAGUGUGUAGUUCGGUUCUUUUAUCACAUGACAUGAUUACAUUAUUAGCUGUACCUAAUAAUAUUGUAGUGGUUAGGCUUCCAGGAAAGUAGCAUGAUAUCAACACCAAAAUAAAAAGUAAGGAAUGGUUACCUACAAUAAUAUAAUAUUAAUUAUUUUCUUAAAUUUUGAUUCUCAGCUACUGUGCAUUUUACCUAUUUAAAUUUUCUAGUGAUUUUUAUUACACUUCGUAAGCCAAUAUCUCUGUUUUGUAGUAGUAGAUAGUUUAUAAGAUUACUGUGAUUAUGAAAAAUUACAUUUUUAUGUGUGAGAACUAAUUAUUAGUGUUAGGGCAGGACCCUAAAUAAUCUAUUUUAGUAUUAAUAUUCUGUGAGAAAU